AUGUCUAUUAAACAUAACAAUAUUGUUCAAGAUGGGGCGGGAUUGGAAAAGUUUGAAUCGGUUAGUAUUACAGAAUCUUCGUCAAUACCUGCUGGGGAAGAGGCCACGAGGCUUGCUUUCUUAAACAGAUGGGCGGCUAAGCUUAACGCCGAAAUCAGAGGCAUCGAACCAGUUUCCGAUGACAAAAAAGACGCACCCGUUUGGAUUUCGGCCGUGAUGUGGUUUUCAGCAAACCUAUCGAGUACAGGGUUCAGCGUUGGUCUUCUGGGACCCAUUGUGUUCCGGUUGAACUUUCUAUGGUGCCUAUUUUGUGUGUUGCUGUUUGCCUUGGUUGGAUUAAUUAUCGUUUGCAUAUUUUCCGUGUUAGGAGCAAAACUAGGUAUGCGGCAGAUGGUUUUGUCGCGUUACCUAACUGGUAAUGCCACUGCUAGAAUCUUCUGCCUGUUUAAUAUAAUUGGCGGGAUGGGAUGGGGUGUGUUGAACUGCGUUUCUUCGGCGUCAGUUCUGCACAUGGUGAACAGCGAUGGCUACAGCUGCCCACCAGCCAUCGCCUGUUUGAUAGUGACCGUUAUAACUAUCCUCGUCACGUUCUUUGGGUAUAAGGCAAUUAAUGUCUACCAAAUGUGGGCGUGGAUUCCUAAUCUAAUGGUGCUUUUUGUCAUUCUUAUUCGUGCCAAGAUGUCAGGUAGCUUCACUGUGCAUAAUAUGGAAAAUGAGAAGGCAACAACAGGCGCAAUUCUAUCUUUUGGUGGUGUUAUCUUCGGUCUUACUGCUGGGUGGUCAAGCUGCGCAGCUGACUACGCCGUGUAUAUGCCCAGGAACACGAACAGUUACAAGAUAUUUUUCUCUUUAUACGCAGCACUGUUCUCCUCUAUUUGCAUCUGUGUGCUUGUGGGUUGCGCUGCUGGUGUGUGCACCUUCACCAAUCCACGCUGGGCUGCCCUUUAUGAAACAGACUCCGUUGGUGGGUUGUGCUACGGUAUUCUAGUCGAACCAAUGCCUGUUUUUGGUAAUAUAUGUCUAGUCAUCUUCUCAUUAUCUGCUACCGUGAACAAUAUUCCAAACAUGUACUCUAUUGGCCUGAGUGUCCAAGCUAUGUGGAGUAGUCUAGCAACGAUUCCAAGGGUGGGAUGGGCUUUGAUAACUAACAUUAUCGUAUUUGGACUGUCAGUCGCUUGUUAUUACAAAUUUGAAGCUUUCAUGUCCAACUUCAUGGAUGCUACAGCUUAUUACAUCGCCACGUAUAUUGCAAUCGCAUUCAUUGAGCACUUCAUAUUUAGAAAGAUGUCGCUUCAGACUUAUGACGUUUCUAUUUGGAAGAAACCAGGGAAGCUUCCUGUUGGAUAUGCAUCACUUGCUGGAAUCAUAAUGGGUGCUAUUGGAGUGUUUCUAGGUAUGUCCCAGGAGUACUGGCAAGGAUAUAUAUCGCGACCAAUUGGAGAAUUUGGUGACCUUGGUUUUGAAGUGGCAAUACUAUUUACUUCUGUCACUUACCUAGCUCUAAGGCCGUUGGAAUUGAAAUACAUCGGUCGGUGA